AUGUCUCAAUUCACUCCUCAACUCACUGGCGCGCACGCCUUGGUUACCGGUGGUACCAAAGGUAUUGGCAGAGUCAUUGUCGAGACCCUCCUCAGCGAAGGAGUCAAUGUCUCUUAUUGUUCUCGCAACGUUCGGGGCGACGAAUUCGCGAAUUUCAAGAACGCUGCAGCUGAUGCACGCGCUAUUGGAUCAAGCGUUGAUAUCGCCAAUGCUACUUCGAUUCAAGGCUGGGUCGAGUCCGCAGCUAAGGAGUUUGGUAGAAUCGACCUUGUUGUUGCAAAUGCUUGUCCCAAGUUCGUUGAACCCACUGUCGAUCAUUGGGAAAAGAGCUUCCAGGCUGAUGUUCUUGGCCUCAUCAAUCUCAUCAACGCUUCCGCGCCACACCUGGAGAAGCGUAACGGCACUGGCUCCAUCAUCGUCAUCAGUUCCCUGGCUGGAUUUGAAGCCAAGCACCCUGCAAUUGGAGGACCUUACACUACCCUUAAGCGUGCUCAGGCUACUAUUGCAAAGGACUUUGGGCGCUUGCUUGGCCCAAAGGGCGUCCGGGUCAACACCAUCGUUCCAGGAGCUGUUGAUUCGCCUUCGAUUCAACAUCCAGAUGGGACUGUGGAGUUGAGCACAUUUGCACAAAGCAAAAAGGACCAUCCGGAAUUUAUCAAUAUGAUUCUCCAGUCUAUUCCGUUGGGCGAUUUUGGACAGGGUCAGGAUGUUGCAAAUGCUGUGGUGUUCUUGGGCAGUAGACUCGGCAAGUAUAUUCACGGCGUCAAUUUGUAUCUCGAUGGAGGCAUGUCGACUGCGCUCUGA